GGGCUCAACCCAACCCGAAUGAAACUCCCAUGGGGUUCGCACACCCGAACAAUGGGUCUAUCGACUCGACCCCCUCUGAGCCCUCUCCUUCACUUGAUUGAAUUCACUCCUUCAGCUCUCUCUACUCUCUAGAGCAUCUCUUCCGCUUUUCUCCCCAUAUAAACCCUAGCCUCUAUCUCUUCGCGUGCGCUCUCUCUCUCUCUCUCUCUCUCUAGACUCUACCUCGGCAACAGGAUUGACAGACAGAGAGAAGCCAAAAAUGGCGGCUUCAUACGACUACGAAGACACCGUCGUCACGUCGCAGCAGCAACCUGACUCCCUCGGCUACGACCCGAACUUCGUUCCGGACUCUGUGAAAUCCUUCGUGGUGCAUCUCUACCGCCACAUCAGAGAGAAGAAUGUCUACGAGAUCCACCAGAUGUAUGAGACCUCCUUCCAAACCCUAAGCGACCGCAUGUUCAAGGACUCCCCCUGGCCCUCCGUCGACGCCGUCUCUCCCUUCGUCGACAACGACCACGUCUUCUGCUUGCUCUACCGCGAGAUGUGGUUCCGCCACCUCUAUGCCAGACUCUCCCCCACCCUCAAGCAGCGGAUCGAUUCCUGGGAUAAUUACUGCAGUCUCUUUCAGGUGGUGUUGCACGGAGUGGUGAAUAUGCAAUUGCCGAACCAGUGGUUGUGGGACAUGGUGGAUGAGUUUGUGUAUCAAUUUCAGUCAUUUUGUCAAUACCGGGCAAAGAUGAAGAGCAAGACUGAGCAGGAGAUUGCCCUUUUGAAGCAGUUUGAUCAGGCUUGGAAUGUGUAUGGUGUGCUCAACUACUUGCAAGCACUUGUUGAGAAAUCAAUGAUCAUUCAAAUCCUAGAGCAGGAGAAGGAAGGCCUUGAACAGUUCACCGCAACUGAUGGAUAUGAUUACAAUGGUGGCAGCAACGUCUUGAAGGUUUUGGGUUAUUUCAGCAUGGUGGGCUUGCUACGAGUCCACUGUCUUUUGGGUGAUUACCAUACUGGUCUAAAGUGUUUGCUUCCCAUUGAUAUUACUCAACAAGGUGUCUUCACAAGUGUAAUUGGAAGCCACAUUACGACCAUAUACCAUUAUGGUUUUGCCAAUCUUAUGAUGCGGAGGUAUGUCGAGGCGAUUCGAGAAUUUAAUAAGAUCCUGUUGUACAUUUACAAGACUAAGCAGUAUCACCAGAAAUCGCCGCAAUACGAACAGAUACUAAAGAAGAAUGAGCAAAUGUAUGCCUUGCUGGCUAUUUGUCUCUCGCUAUGCCCCCAAGUGAAGCUUGUUGAUGAGGCUGUGAACUCACAAUUGCGGGAGAAGUAUGGCGAGAAGAUGUUGAGAAUGCAGAGAUAUGAUGACGAGGCAUUUGCCCUCUAUGAUGAGCUCUUCUCAUAUGCAUGUCCUAAAUUCAUUACUCCCUCUGCUCCAAGUUAUGAGGAGCCUCUUGUGAAUUAUAAUCAGGAUGCCUAUAGACUUCAGUUGAAGCUGUUCUUAUAUGAAGUCAAGCAGCAGCAGUUGCUGUCAGGUGUCCGGACCUUCUUGAAAGUGUAUUCGACGAUGUCCCUUGGGAAGCUUGCAACUUACAUGGAAGUGGAUGAACUCACUUUGAGGACAAUUUUGAUGACAUACAAGCACAAGACUCAUUCUGUUGAUUCUGAUGGAAAGAUCAUUUCCAAUGCUGACUUCGAUUUCUACAUCGAUGAUGACAUGAUUCAUGUGGUUGAAUCAAAACCAGCUAAGCAAUACGGGGAUUACUUUUUGCGGCAGAUUGUUAAGCUCGAAGGUGUGAUGAAUGACAUGGACAGGAUUAAGCUAGACUAACUGGGCCUUGCUCAAGUUUUUACUACGAUUGGAGCAGUUUUUUCCCUCCCCCGGCAGCGUUACAUUUUGGGCCUUUUCCCCCUAAGUUAUUGCAAUGUUGUAUAUGCGGAAUGAUUUUUCAUUUGAAAAUGCUUGCCAAACAAAGAUAGAGUUCAUUGCAGUUGCAAUCUUUUAGUGUAUCUCGAUAGCACAGUAUGGUGAUUUUACUUUCACUGCCUCAACAAUCGACUUGCCUAUUUUUGUUUCGUGCUCUUGGUUUGAUGCUAGUGAGAAAGUGUUAUUUUUUUUUUAGCA